UCAGUAAUGGCCGACGGUGUUGACGCCGAGUUACGGCAAGUGUGAAAAGUUAUUUUUACGUUGAAGCUCGUACGAGGAUCUAUUAUUUUCACACACACGAUUUAUUAUCAAGAUGAGUGAUGACAGUGGUCGCAGGGUGUACAAAGUACGUGGAAGUGAAGUGGAAACGGUCCAUCCCUCUACUGCGAACCUCAUACACACAUCCACUCAAUCCAACCUUGCCCGCGUCCCCCCUGUUGUUGUCCGUUCACAGACUGGCGUUACUCUCAUGCAGUCGGCUAUACUGCAUACAGAGUCACUCAUGCACACACAAGCAGAACCCGAAGUACAGUCUCAAGUCCACACACAGUCACAAACACACAUGCAGGCUCAGUCUCAUUCCCUUCCUCAUUUACUUCCACUGUCACAAGAGGAGACUCAGUCAGCCACUCAGUCACAAAUACAGUCAAACUCUUUAGUGCAAGGGACGCCUCGAACACUUGCACAGUCUUUAGUGUACGCUCAUCCCCAGGUGCUCACACAAUCACAGAUACACACACAGUCACAAGUCCAUGCUCAGGCACAGGUACACCACACACAGGCACAGGUACACCACACACAGGCACACCACACACAGGCACACUACACACAGGCACAGGUACACCACACACAGGCACAGGUACACCAUGCACAGGUACACCACACACAGUCACAGGUACACCACACACAUUCCCAAGUGAAUGCACAGUCUCAACUACAGUUACAACCUCAAUUGCAUUCACAGUCACAAGUUCAAGUGCAGUCACUCUCUCACACCCAGCCUCAUAUCCAGGUCCAGUCGCCAUUAUCACAAAUACCUCUACAGACUCCGUUACCAACACUGUCACAGUCUUCAGUGAUAAAUACCAUGGCAGGCCUGGUGGAUGCCACACAGAUGGACAGCACAUCACAACAAGCCACGGAGAACACUGGUGGGCUUGAGGUAGUGCAAGUCCCUGCUACGAGACACCAACACAUUGCACCAUCGGUUACAUUACAUGAUCUACAUCCUUCCACUGUCAGUAUAAAUGAGGCACUUUCCAACACUUCUCAAGCACAGCUAAUGCAUACUCUUACAUCUUUCUCACAACCCGAACAGCUGAGUGCAUCAAUUGGCUUGCAGCAAGGAAAUGCAACGCUCUCACAAACACUGCCACAGUCUCUCACACAGACUCAAACCCUUGAUGCAUUUACAGUAGAGAGAGUUCUGAUGCCACCAAGAAAUAAUCUGGGACAAGCUACAAUUCCCCUGGUAUCUUCGGUCGCGUCACUUGAAGUUGACGGAAUAUCUGUGAUGCGCAUACAAGAUGGUUUUACUGCACGUCCGGAACACCAUUCUCCACCCCUUGUCACUUCACCAAAGGAAUCGUCAAACCCCACAACUCAAGUGACCACUCAGUUGGCCAGCUCACAGAUAUCUACGUCACAAAGUGCAUCACACCUUGAAGCUUCUCAGCUUAAUAAUAUGCAUAUCAUGUCCCAAGAUAUUGUUAAUUCACUUUCCAAAAAGCCCACAACUAACACUACCACUACGAGUACUACUUCACCUCUGAUAGCUUCUAACCGUAUGCUAAACAAACUGCUAGAUGCUAAGCCACACAUUCCGUCCCAAGUAACUAAGGCUGCAGAGAUUGCUCAUCUUGUCCCAAACCCAAGUGUACGUAUGUCUAGUGGUUCACGUUUAGGGGACAUGGAUGAUGGCACAGAGAUGGUUUUUGCCACGACCAGUCGAGGUUCAAGUCCUCUCACAACAUCAACUCGUAGUUCUGCAGCGAGCAUGUGUACCGUGACCGGGUCCCUACGUGGCUCUAGUGGAUACGGCGAUUCAUUAGGAAAAGCUCUGACCUCUUUACCUCUUGAUGGAAUAUUUGGCUUGCCUUCAAAUUUUCAGUUGAACAGUGCAACAUUGUUACUUCCAAACUCAAUAUCACAUGGUCAGAUAAUUCCUCAGAGGCAACUAGAUUCGGUUCUGUUGAGUUCUCAGAGUUCAGCAAAUAUGGUGGAGCAGCAGUUGGAGGGUUUAAGUGCUGAGACUCUUAGAGUUUUGCCCACAACUCAUAUGUCACCAGGAACAACAUGCAAUGUUUCAGGCAAUAAUAUUACUACUAAUAAUAAUACAGUUGGUGCAUUAUCAGUUGACAAAAGUUUUAGAAAAAUGGCAUCCUCAACCAAUCAGAUUGUAAGUAACACCAGAUCAUUUAAUAUUUUAGGUGUGCCAGAUGGAAUGAAUAAAAGUGGAGUGGUUAUGGACUCCUUAACCAGAUCUCCGAGUAGCUUAAGCACAAAACCAGGCUUAAUCACUUCUAUUGACCCAAUGCUUCCUUCAGUUACUUCCAGUUGUUCCUCACCUAAUGCUCUUGGUUCAACAGUAUUAUCCAGACCUGGAUCAGUACCUCAGGAUGGAUCUAACAGAGUGAGAUAUUCUACCUCAGAUAUGUCAAGAAUUUCACAUCAGACGUUAGUUGACCUUUUAAGCCGUGGACCAAAUCCAGAUGCAGGGGUAGGAGGAUCUGGGAUACCACUUAUAGGUCUCUCAGAAAGCCGUUUGUCCCACACUGGUGAUGUGCUCCUGUCUGAACUCCACCGUAGUGAUGAGAGCGAUUUGAGCCUCGGUGCCUCUCUCACUGGUACGACUGGUGAAGAGCUUCACAGUAAUCCUAGUGGACUGGGUACGGGCAUUGGAGGAGACACUGCACCACUACAGGGGUUACCGUCACCACUGUUGCCCAGUUUCAGUUUGCCAAAUAUUACAGGGGAUUUUAUGGUCAGUGGAGUGUCUGGCGGAAAAUCUUGUUCAUCGGGGCAGGGUCCACUACCAGCUUUGCUCUCAAAUUUGGCCACAACAGCUGACCUGGACCAGUUCUUGGAUAAUUCUAAUAUGUGUAUAGACAUGAGUAGUCUCUCAGAAUCAGAAGUUUCUCUCAGCACUGGGUCAGGAGCGUUUACCUACUCACCUGAGAAGACUAGCGGUAACUCAAAGAAACUUGUGUCAAUUACUUCAUCAGAUCUCACAUUUACUAGUGCUCUCAAGGCCGCAACCACCAAGUCCGACAGUGAACCCAUUAAGUUACGCUCAGAUUCUGAGACCUCCAGCAGGGUUCUAAUUCAGGACCAGAAAUUGACAACAGAGACAACAAAAGCCUUACAGGUUGAUGUUACAAGAUUGAAUUCAAUACCCUGUCCAUCUCAAAAUUCUCCCAUUCUCUUGAGUCACUCCCCAACACUUGCCCAAGAGGCACCUGUAGCUCCUGUAAAGAAAAGUGUCCCAGCACAGCCUAAGACAUCUCAGUGCCAAAGUGAGAAAAGAAAGGAAAUGUUUAGAAAAAAUGAACUAUUAGUACAGCAAGUGGCAUGUUUUAAGUGCCGGUUGUGUUCUUUUCUAAGUCAGGACAAGAGCGAAAUGGUGAACCACAUGAAAGAACGACAUAGCAAGUAUCUGUCUGAUACAGAUGAAUCCGAGGAGGAGGUAGAAAAGUCUCCCGCAAAACGGGUCAAAGUUUUGGUCCCCAGGAACGAUAAAGUUCAUCUUGAGGAGGCUGCUGCAAGUGAUGAACCUGAGUCAUCUGUCACUACUACUAUGGAAGGGAGUCAGAAACACAAGGCUGAUCCAGAGUACAAAAUGGAAAUAUAUAAUCCAGCACCCGGGAAAUUUAAAAAUCGAAUUGUCAAGGUGGAAGAAGAACAGCCAACUGGCAGGAUUGGUAUAUUUAUCAAAAGUGAGCCUAAAGAUGUUGGAGAGUUUGAGAGAAGAGUGAUAGAUAAAGAAGAGGAAGAGGAAGACUUGCGUCUAACAAUUGAACUUGGAGAAACCGCAGAACCGGGAAGUGACCACGACUAUGACGACGAAGACACGAAUGAUAGUAGCAUAACCGUUGACAGCGGCAGCACAAGGCCAAGCAAUAAUAAAAAACCGGGCCGUCCAUUAUAUUCAAAGACGACUGGCAUUACAAAAUUUAAGAAAAAGAAUCCCAAGGUGACGCUGCCGGAUGAAGUGCUCGGCAUCAGGUGUGACGUGAAUGGUUGCGGGCUAAGGAUGAAGAGCGAGAACAAUAUUGUGUACCAUCGAAAGUGCCACGUAAAUUCAAUGCUGCAGUGCCAAGAGUGUUCCUCUACCAAGUUUCAAAGCUGGCGUGACCUAGCACUUCACCUCUGGAGACAACACCUCAUUGACAUGGAGCUUCAUAAAUGUGACAAGUGUGAUUACAAGUCCUAUAGUUACAGCAAGUUGAUGAACGUUCACCAUAAAAUCCACAGUGAUGAGAGACCUUCUCUGUGUGAUACUUGUGGGAAGCGCUUUAAAACGGCAAAACAGUUACGCAAUCAUAAGUCCUUACACAUGAAGAAGUCAGAGGCUCCACAACAUCAGUGUGAGAUUUGUCAAAGGCCGUUCUCUGACAAGCGUAUGUUGCGGAACCAUCAAGAGUCUGUACACAAAAAAGUGAAACCAUUCCUUUGUAAUUACUGCGGCUACUCCACUGCCUCAAGGUCUACACUCAAGAUGCACAUGAGGCAACACACAGGUGAGAAGCCAUUUGCUUGUGAAAAGUGCAAUUACCGCACCUCCGACCACAACUCUCUUCGGCGGCACAAAAUGCAACACACUGGAGUUAGACCUUAUCGGUGUCCCUACUGUGACUACGCCUCCAUACAGUCAACUACUUUUAAGGUUCAUCUCAAGGACAAGCAUCCUGGUGAAGCCCAGCAAGAUGGCAUAAUGUUCACCUGUGGGAUGUGCUCCUUCAAGACAGUUAAACGAGACAAUUACUUGGCACACGUGGCUGAGCACAGCAGAGGUGAGAGCAAGAAGCAACGUCAAGCAAUUUUGUCAACCAAAGUUGGCAAAAUAGAAUCACCACAGACCAUCUUAAGUGACAUGACACCACCUGCCCCCCACGUGGUUAAUAUUGAUGUUAAUAGUGGAACUUUUACAGUGGAGAGUCCACACGACACAAAUUUUCUCAACACUGUCCACGUGCAGACCCCCGUCCCUGGUCAGGUGAUCAUGGCCGGGGACCAGUACAUCUAUGCAGCUGUCGACUCUUCUGUGCUGUCUCAGGUGAGGUCAGGUGAGAGUAUGGUUCAGCUGACUCAGGAGAUGGUUGGAGUACCCAUUUCAAUACCUCUAGAAGCAUCUGCUGCUUCAUCACUUCAGGGACUAGUUUAUGUUGCCACCACUAGUCAGGGAGGACAAUAAUUUCUGUACCUGUGUAAAAAAUAUUCUGAAACACAACCAUAAUAGAAUGGGCAGUAUUGAUGGCAUAGUGUUGUGUGCUUCAAUCCUUUUCUAAGUUACGAGUGGCACGAGGAAGGCUGUGAAAAACAUUAAUGUUAUGUGUAAAAUAUUGAACAGUAGAAAUGUUGAGAUGCCAAGAUACUUUUUAUUCUGACUAAACUAUUUUGAAGAAAAGUUUAUUUAUACAAAGAGCACUGGUCUGAUGACAGUUAUAUCACCUGCUUAUUAAUUAUGGUAUAAAUAUGGUACAGGACAGUAAUUUGUGCUUGUUAACAUGUACUACACCCCUAACCUAUGCAGGUAAGCUGUACAAUCUUUCCAGUAUAUUUCACAUAUAUUGUACUAUGAAUUAAAAAAAAAAAGUAAAUUUAUAUUCUUCCCUCUUUUUUAGUUGACAUCCAGCUUCAAGGUAAUUGUACAAACACGACUUAACUUUGUAUUUGUACAAACACCUGAAGCAUCUUUCUCCUUCAGUCUUAUUUUAUGUUUCAUUGUUAAAACUUCCAUCUUACGUAUUUCAUUGUAAUUACUCCCCCUUGCCUCCCUCUGUUCUACAUCAAGUCUUCCACAGUACAUUAUUCCCUUCCACCCACCUAUCUCAUUAUGCCUUCC